AAUGAAACAGCAGAACAGAAAAACGAGAGGACUGUUUUCGUUGGUAACAUUCCUGCAGAAGCAGCCAAGAGUAAACCACUUAGCAAAAAGCUCGUCAGACAUUUGAUGGAAAUUUCAGACUUACCACCAACUGCAAAAUACGACAGCAUUCGCUUCAGAUCUGUCGCAUUUAGUGUUCCAACUUCCGCAUCUGCAAAAUCAAACGCCGACAAUAAGCGUUAUCAGACACCAAAACAGAAACGUAAAGUUGCAUUCAUCAAGCAAGACUUACACCCUGAUGCUGCAUCCGUCAACGCCUACGUCGUAUUCGGUUAUAGGAGAUCGAACGACGUUGUAUUGCUUAAUAACAAAGACAAAGAUAUUCCACCAUCGGAAGUAGCCCAGAAAGUUGUAGAUGCUGCAAAUGGAAGCACAUUCGAAGGCAGAAUAUUGCGUGUCGAUAGAGUUCUCAACGUCGAUAAGACAGGUACGAGAUGGCACAUCGACAAGGAUAUGGCCAAGCGUACUCUUUAUGUUGGUAGACUCGACUUCGGCCAGAAAGACAACGAGCUGGGUGAAUUCAUAGAGAAGCUUCUCAACGAAGAGAAGGGUACAUAUAAAUCCAAAGACGCCGAUGAUAAAGCCAAAUCAUGGGUGAGAGGCGUAAGAAUUGUACGUGAUCCAGACACACAAUUGGGCAAGGGUUUUGGAUAUGUUCAUUUGGCAGACAACGACUGUGUGGAAGAACUUCUAUUACUCCCAGAUGAACGCAGAAGGUUGAACAAGCGUACACUCAGAUUUGCGAAAUCCAAGGCAUCAGGCAAGCAAAAGCCACAAGAAGAUGCCAAAGAAGCCGAAAAGAAGGAUAAAAAGGACGCUAAGAAGAGUGUAACUGCAAAACCAGGAAAGAUCGUCAAGGGUGAUCCAAAUCUCGGUGACAAACUCGCAGACAUGACGAAAGAAGCGCGCAAGAAAACGAAAGCUGUAGACGCAGUCAGACAAGCGCGUAGAUUAGCCAAAAAGCAACAAGCUGUAUCAAAGAAGCAAACAGAUGAUAAGGUAAAGCUCACGAAGACACGUAAGAAGCCAACAGACAAGAAGCCAGCGAAGAACGCGAAGAAGACCAAGAAA